UUCUUUUCUGAAGACUAGAGAGUUAGAGACAAUUAUUUUUAUUCCUUUUGCGAAAUUAUAUUUGGAAAUUAAUUAUAUAUUUUAAUUUUUAGAUAGCGAACAUAAACUACUGCAUAUCUGUAGACAACUUUCGAUUUUCUGUAUCUCGUCAGUUAAUUUUGUACUAUUUAAUUAUAAAAUCUUAUUCCAAAUAAAACAGCUGAAAUGGAAGACAGUAAUCCACCUAGUGACGAUGAAAUUCAAGAUUUACCUCUUAGCCCUCAAUCGGGUGGAAAAAAAUUAAAAUUAAAUGACGGAAGUUCACAGGAUAGUAUUUGUAAUGAUGCAGGAUCAAGUAGUAAAGAUGUCAAAGAGAAUGUGGAUAGCGGCGUAUCAGCCGAUAAAUCUGAAAGUACCAGCAGUGAGGACCAUGGAGGAUCCACAAGCUUAGAUCCGAUAAAUGGAUUUGUAUCAGUUACAGCUUCCAACAGUAACGUAAGGGCGUUUCUCUUGGACAUUCGACGAGAAAGAUACUGUAGGACUUAUAGAAAACGUAAAACAAGUGACAGUGAAAGUACUUCCUCAAGCGAUUCAGAUGGGUUGUCUGUGGAUCAGCUUAUUAGAGUAGCAGAUAGAACUACCAAUAGUGUGUCAACAACAUCAGUAGAAAGCAUUAGUGAUACAUCUAGCAGCAGUCGUGAUAGUAUGAUGAAUAUAGAUUCUGAUGAUGAAGGAAACAGUAGUGAAGAGGCAGACAGUAGUGAUGAAGCGGACAGUGAAGAUGCAACAUUGGAUAAUAAUUCGGAACAGAUAGGCACACCACCAGUACUAUCAAAAACACAACCUAGACACAACUAUGUUAUUCUCAGGGAAAUAAUAAACAGAGAGAUGGGCCUGACCUUCCCCGCGGGUAAAACGAUCAAAGAAGAUGUGAUAUUUGAAAGGAAAUUCUAUGGGUCUCUUCAUGCAGUAUACAGGAUGGCUAAAUAUAAUUCUUUAGUUAAACAUAAAGGCUGUGUAAACUCCAUUAACUUUCACCCUGAGGGACACCGACUGGCAUCUGGGUCAGAUGAUUUGAAUGUAAUAGUUUGGGACUGGUCAAGAAAUAUUCCACUACAGAACUUGAAAACUGGACACAAAACAAAUGUGUUCCAAAGCAAGUUUCUACAUUUGAAUUCUCAAACGCAACUUAAUAUUGUUACAUGCGCAAGGGAUGGCCAGGUCCGUCUUCUGCAAUGUCCGUCCAGUUCUACCGGCGCCAGUUGUUCCCGCCGCCGCCUGGCGACUCAUUCCCGCGCCGCUCACAAGGUCCACGUGUCUCCCGCCGACCCGCAUAUCGUAAUCUCCGCCGGCGAGGACGCCGUAGUUAUUCGUAGCGACGUGCGCGAGGAACGCGGUCAAAAACUGUUUCGCGUGGUGGAUGAACUUCCCAUCCCGUUGUACAGCAUCACCGGCCAUCCCAUCAACUCUCACGAGCUGCUGGUGGCGGGAAGGAACAAGUUUCUACGUGUCUAUGACCAGAGGAAGCCAACCACCCCGCUCCACAUGUACUGCGCUAGGUUUCCUCUAAAGGGUAUAGGUUCGCCGAAGAUGGUGUCCCAUAUGAUGCACCUCACUAGCGCCGUGUACAGUCACGACGGCUCCGAGAUCCUGGGCUCAUACAACGAUGAAGACAUCUAUCUCUUCGACGCUCGAACCGACGUAUACGAAAAACAUUCAAUGGGCGAUAAAUGCGGGUAUUCGCAUAAAUACAGCGGGCACAGGAAUAGUGCGACGUACAAGGGCGUAUCGUUCUUCGGUGCCAACAGCGAGUACGUCGUAUCGGGUUCCGACUGCUCGCACAUCUUCAUAUGGGAGAAGCACUCGGAGGCCAUCGUGCAGUGGGUGAAGGGAGACACUAGUGGCGUGGUAAACUGUAUAGAGGCACAUCCAAGGUUCCCAGUACUGGCCACCAGCGGCCUGGACAAUGAUAUUAAGAUAUGGAUGCCACGGAAACAGUGGGACCCUACCUUUGAAGGCUUGGAAAAGGUGGUCCGCGCAAAUAGUAUUCCUUCUCGCGAGCCACGCGCUAUGUUCAACGACUUCCUGCCAUCGUUGUACAACGCCUGGCAGGGUGCCCUUGGGAAUGAAGCGCCGGUCUACGGCGGCACCAUUGACUUUGACGGCAACGCCUGCACAACCUUCUAGUCCUAACGUAUCAUCUGUGUGUAGAGCUCUACGUAAUGACCAUCUAGCGAGGGAUUGUACGUUAUUGACUAACGGCCGUUCCCAAUAUACUAUCUACAAAUAGAGAUAAAUUACUACCCUCUAGUGUCAGUAAUUAGCUGUCAAUAAUCUGAAGCUGUCCCAAUAUACUCGAUUAGUCAUUCUUAUCGCCUUAUACUGGGACGCGUGAAUUGCAAAUUCCAUACAAACUUCAAUCGCUAGUAAGCUAUACAUCAUCCCAUUGACAGACAGCAUAUACGGAUAAGGUGAGUUACCAUCGAUAAGUUUAUUGGGACAGAAAAGUCAACGAUAGUUACGAUUUUUAUCUCACAAGUAGGCCACAACCGGAGAUGGACUGAAUAUUGGGAACGGCCGUAAAUCAAUAAAUCUCACUAUCAUUAUGCGUUAAUAUCUGGACUUAUACAACUCCCCAACUAUAUUGUGCGUUAUUAUCUAGACCUAUAUAUUUCUCCAUCAAUAUUGUGUUUUAUUAUCUAGAUCUAUACAUCUCCCCAACUAUAUAUUGUUUUACUAUCUAGACCUAUAUAUUUCUCCAUCAAUAUUGUGUUUUAUUAUCUAGACCUAUAUAUUUCUCCAUCAAUAUUGUGUUUUAUUAUAUAAAUCUAUACAUCUCCCCAACUAUAUAUUGUUUUACUAUCUAGAUCUAUAAUCUCUCCAUCAAUAUUGUGUUUUAUUAUCUAGACCUAUACAUCUCCCCAACAAUAUUGUGUUUUAUUAUCUAGAUCUAUAACAUCUCCCCAACAAUAUUGUAUUUUACUAUCUGGAUCUAUAAUCUCUCCAUCAAUAUUGUAUUUUAUUAUCUAGAUCUAUAACAUCUCCCCAACAAUAUUGUAUUUUACUAUCUAGAUCUAUAAUCUCUCCAUCAAUAUUGUAUUUUAUUAUCUAGAUCUAUAACAUCUCCCCAACAAUAUUGUAUUUUAUUAUCUAGAUCUAUAAUCUCUCCAUCAAUAUUGUGUUUUAUUAUCUAGAUCUAUAAUCUCUCCAUCAAUAUUGUGUUUUAUUAUCUAGAUCUAUAACAUCUCCCCAACAAUAUUGUAUUUUACUAUCUAGAUCUAUAAUCUCUCCAACAAUAUUGUGUUUUACUAUCUAGAUCUAUAACAUCUUCCCAACAAUAUUGUAUUUUACUAUCUAGAUCUAUAAUCUCUCCAUCAAUAUUGUAUUUUAUUAUCUAGACCUAUAUAUUUCUCCAUCAAUAUUGUGUAUUAUAUAGAGCUUUACAUUUACCUGUCCAAACUGAACGUUAUAAGUAUCUAGACCUGUAAAACAUAUGGAUACAGUUUACAUGGUUAUUGUCUUUGUUAUAAACAGGUGAUGUUGCUAUCAUCCUCCCCUCCUUUAUUAUUAUAAAACAGUACACAAGACCUGCUUUUGUAAUUAUUCUGGAGGCUGUAUUGCGUGAAAUGUCAAGUUGGUCGUAAUAGUUUUAACAACACACUUGCGUCGUUCUUAGGGCCAUAAACCGAACAAUAGCACACACGUGCAUAAUAUUUUUAAACACAAGUGCAUAAUAGAAUUAUCGCUACAAAGUUAAGUUAGUACCUAACUGCAGACUAUAUGAGAGUAAAACGGAGCAUUUUCAAAGAUUUUUGUGCAACAAGAAAGAGGUUUAAUGUCGCUAAAAAUCCAUUUACAUUUUUGGAAUAAAUGUGCGUCUAAUUAAUACGAAAAAUCAUUUAUAAUUCACAAUAAUUUGUUAUAAAAUAUAUGCAUUUUAUCACUAAAUUUAUAAUUUUGAAGUAGGCUGUAUGGCUAUAUGUAAUGUCAAUCAUCUUUCAUUUGGCGUGUACAAAAAAAAACUUGCGCGCGUUUUUCCAUAAUUUUGAUAUUUUGUUUGUAUCGCAUUUGUUGCUGUGUGGCCAUGCUUUUUCCUCGCAAGUGUGUAUGAUACUCGUUGUUUAUUUUAUCUAUUUAUUUCGUUAUUUGUCAAACUAUAUGUCAAAAAUUUUAAUGAUAUGAUUAAAAAUACCAAACAUAUGUUUGUAUCUAUCGUAUUUUCUAUUGUGUAUAUAGUAUCACCCAGGAAACUGUAAACGUAAAUAUUUAUGUGCAGAAUUUUCAAUUACUUUCGAUAACUCUUAAACAUAAGGUUUUUAGUUGCUGCUUUAUUUUGAUUUACUCUAUACAAUAAUUUUUAUUUUACGAUAUGCUAGUUUAAAACGCUUCUUCAAAUUCCACGUCUUGUCAAUAAACUUAUCCAGUUAUUACAAGACCAGUGAAUACCAUUAAGGAAGUAAAAUACUUACAUAAUAGUUUUUUGAAAAUGUUAAUACAUUAUUUUUUCGUGAUUAUACUUAAAAUUAAAGUAGUUCUAAUUCAUAAUAAUAUUUAUAAAUUUAUUGUUUUCACCUAGUGUUUUUCUCAUAUAUUAAAUGUUAUUGGCAGCAUAGAUGGUUAGAGAUUUUGUGAACCAGGCGCUAUCGAAUUGUGAAGAGAUAAUUUGGAUUUCACCCUCAUACCAGCUAUUUCUCUUAACAUAACUCAAUUCCUUAACUUACCACUCUCUUUUCUUGAAGUGUACAUAGAAUUAGAUAUUUGUAAAGAAACUUAAAAUAUUCAGUGUGAAUUGUAUGCCUGUGAUAUAUUGGAUUAUUUUAAUGUAGACGUAGAAAUUUUGUUUCGAAAUAUAAUAAUAUUACAUUUCUAUAGUAGGUAUACAAUAAUUACUAAUAUGAUAAUUGAUUCCAAGGUUUUGUCUUAGACAUGGUUAUAUAAUUUUGUCUUGUCUAUAACUUAAUCCCGUCUUCUUUGAUAUUCAAAACGGCUUCAUUCAAUAUUUAACCAAUAAUUAAAGAUUAUAUUGUCAUUUUCAUCGGUCAAUCCAUCUACAUCUCAAGCUUUUUCAAUCGUACCUAUUUUCUAAAUCUAAAUUUUUAAAUGCCGAUCUAAAUAAAUUAAUUUGACUUUCCAUAGAAAAGAUACUAAAGCUCACCUCUGCUGCGAAAUAUGAAUAGUGAAACCGGUGAAUGAAUGCUGCUGCGACAAGUGUAGUUUUGAGUAGCGGAACUGCUAAGAAUCGUCAUGCGAAACAGUCAUGAUAUCAAUUAUAUUCUGCCUGAUUUAAUAAUUAAUAAAGAAUAAGUAGGUCUAUUUCUGACAGCUUGAAUUGACUUUUUCGUAAAUCGACGUUCAUUUUAUGUAAAAAAUAUAGUUUUGCUAUUUAUUUUUGUUGACAUCCACAAACAGGAAUAAACGCGGCACCCCAACAAAAUGGCGGCCGGAGCGCAGAAGUGUGGCAACGUCGGAGCGGAUCGACGAAACCGCGCGGGAAAGAGAUAAUUAUAGUCUAAUCUAUGCGUUAUAACAGACAGUUUCGCUUGUCUUACAUACAUAAUCGCUGCGGAGGUGUGCUACGGGCUUCACGCCCAAUAAAUUGAAAUAUCAAUCUCAAUUGUGAUUGAAUAUAGGGAGCGGCCGUAAAAAGCCUUAUUACAAGAGCCAAAUACAGUGAUUCUGUAGAUACCACGUUGAUGUUGUAUAUCGGAAUAUUAUUGAACCGUUUCUCACUUCACUCACAUGUCAUCAAAUGUAAUAAUUGUGAAAAUGUUUUUUUUUAAUUGUUUCGUGUAUAAAGUAAUUUUUUAUGUUAAAAAGGAAUGUAGAUCCUUGAUUAUUGUCGACAUAAUAUUUAGGCUAGUUGGCUUAUUAUAAUAGUAAAAUGUUUUCAUACAUUGUAAAAGGAUA